AUGGAGUGCUUCAGCAAGGAGUCCAUCUUCUGGCUGUUCGGCGUGGCUGUGCCGAUGUUCAUGGCCUACAACGGUGGGGCGACGGCUGCCACAGUGGACACUCUCCAGCAGUCAGGCGGGUGGAGUGAGACAUCACUCGGCUUCCUGGGCGCCAUGGACAAGAUUGGAAUGACCCUCUCCGCAGGGAUCUGGGGCUAUGUCCUUCAGUCCGUGUCUUCAAAGGUCCUGCUCUCCUUGGGCCUUCUCGUCAACGUCCUCGCGAGUGCGGUCUUUGCCAUGACCAUGAACAGUUACGUCAUGUACUCAACGAAGCUGUUGAUUGGGAUGUCUGAAGGGCUGCAGUGGGUGUGGGCCCCACUUUGGGUGGUGAAAUGGGCAGACGAGGCAUCCUUGCCGCUCUGGAUCAACCUCUCCGGCUGCGUCGCAGCCGGUGUUGGCUCCGGCCUCGGCAUGCUCGUCGCUGGGUUCAGCACAGCCCGUGGCCUACCUUACGCGGUGCCUUUUCAGAUCGAGGCGGCAGUCCUCUUCCUACUGCUUCUUCUCAUGAUGCUCACGCCCGGCGCGCGGCUCGCCAUCAGCAGUGCUGGCACACGCGAUGGGGUGAAGCAAGAUAUGCUGCAGUUUGAGAGGCGCCUGAUUCGUUCUUUAUCAGACUUGCCGACUGCAGGCUUGAUGGAGUCUCAAGAUGAGCCUCGGCCCCGAGCUCGUGCUCGAACUGGUAGCUUCCUUACAACGAUACGAGUCUCAGAGGACCUCACACUCUGCCAGCAGCUGGGGAUUCUGUGGAGCAACAGCCUUUUCUGCCGAGCAACUGUGGCCUUCGCUUCCUCGAACUAUAUCAAUGCUGGCCUGGCGUUCAUUUGGAUCCGGCUCUUUAUUCAACUCUGGACGAUGGAGAAGCAGAUGUCUGUCGUGAGCUUUCUGGUGAUCACUGGUGUAGGUGGCGCGAUCGGGAUAUGCCUCAGUAGCAGCAUACAGCAGGGAAACAACAUGCGGCGCAUCCUCCUCUUCCUCCGGAAGGCUAUGGCGGCCUCUUGCCUCGGCGCCCUCGUGACAGUGGCCGGACUGCUACUGCAGCUGCACAACUACACCAACUACGCGCUGGCGACUCUAUCUCUCACCUGGGCCGGCAUGGUCCUUCUUUGUAUCGGCUUGGGGGCCACGACGGGCCUGAUCCAGAUCGUGUGCAACAACUCCGUGGAGAAUGAGAAGGGCGCGAACAACUUCAUCGGCAACUCACUGGGCCCGUUGCUGCCGCAGAUGGUCAUGGAGUUCGUCAUCGUGUUUGCAGGUGCCUCGGAAGGCCAAGCUUUAGUUUCGGGUGCCGUCAGCAUCGUUGGCGCAGCUCUGCUCGUCUUUGGGUGCGUGACGUCCGCGCUGGCCAGGGUGGCCCGGAACACAGAGUCAUGA